CUGUACCUAAGCCUGGUAUGUUUUCUGCCUCUCUUUCCAACCUCAUCUUAAACCAUAUUGGGAAGUAAUUAUUCACUGAUUUGUGUAGAUGUCAGAUUAAUGGGUUUCUCCCCACUAGGCUGAAAGCUCUAUGAACAUAAAGUCUACUUUUGUUUUUAUUUACUACUAUUUUCCUAUCACCAUUGGUUAAACCAAUGAUUCUCACACAGGGAUGAUUUUGCUCCUCCCCCCAAGGUAACAUUUGGAAAUAUUUUUGAUUGUCACAGCUGUGGGGAUUCUACUGGUAACUAAUGCGUAAAGUCUAGAGGUGUUGCUAAGUACUACAAUGCAUAGGACAGUUUCACAAAAUUACUCAGCCCAUGUCAGCAGAAGUGAGGCUGAGAAAUCCUGGUUUAGAUGAAAGAGAAGGAAUGUUUAUGCUUUGACCACAUUAAAUUGGAUUUCCUAGAUUCAAGUCCAUAUAGAAACAGUUAUCUCCCAGUGCCAUAGAGACACUUAAGUAAGCAUUCAUAUACAGGUACUCAACAAACACUAAACACUAAAGUCAGGAGAUACCUAUAUAAAUGGCCAUUGCAUUCCUCAGAAGCCCAGCACAGGACUGAAAUUUAGUUGUUCAGUAACACUGGUCUAGAAAACUUCAUUUAACAUAAAGAGGACCUCAAAAUUGAGGGUACCUUUGAGCUGCAUUAGAAGGACCAUCUUAUUUCCCAUAUAUGACCACAGUGUGACAAAGGCUAGUGACAGCAUAAUGGAGCCCCACCCACCUGCCAAGCCACACCCUUUUGCAAUCACAAUGGCUAAGGCCAUAAAUACCCAGACUCGCCGCCUCCCGGCCCUGCAAAGCUCCUCAUUUGUGCCAAAAUUACAAUGUCGACCAGCCGCAAAUUAAAGAGUCAUGGCAUGAGGAGGGGCAAGAACAGAUCUCCUCACAAGGGAGUCAAGAGAGGUGGCAGCAAAAGAAAAUACCGUAAGGGCAACCUGAAGAAUAGAAAACGAGGCGAUGAUGCCAAUCGCAAUUACCGCUCCCACGUGUGACCCCACUAGUGGGCUCUGUCCUGGUGGACUUCAAACAACACCAGGCAGCAACAAGAGGACAACAGAAGGGGACUGUCAAAAAUCUAACUUCAAAGCCAGAGAAGAACCUAUCCUGUGGGUAAAAUACCAAUCAUGAUUGAAAUGAGGAAUGUAUAAUGUGGACUGUUUCUCCCCAACAUCUCAAUAAAAUUCUGAAAACUGGAAAAUAUGUUUAUUUUGAUCUUUGGUUGAAAAUAAAGCUUUCUGAGGUAGGCAGACUUAAUAUAUAUCAAAGUAAAUUGUCCUGACUCUGGCCAUGCACCGUCACCAAAUUUGAGUCUUGGUUUCAGUACACUGUCUCUCUUCCCAACAUGGAGAAGGAAAGAUAAAAGGGAGAAAUGGAUGUAUCAGAGUGUCAGUAUGUGUCAGAAAUGCAUAGACAAGUUAUCAAGGGGCUUAUAGCAUAAGG